GAACCAUCUUUCAGUUCUGCUGCUGCUGCUUCUGCGAGCAAACCCAUCUUCAUGACUUCAACACUGAAGAACAACAGCAGGCUUUCCAUUGCCAUGGAGAGGACUGGCAAGUGGGUUUUCUCUCAAGAAAUCCCAUCAGACAUAAUGGUCGAGGUCGGUGAGGCAAAUUUUUCUCUUCACAAGUUCAUGUUGGUUGCUAAGAGCGGUUUAAUUAGAAAGAAAAUAAUGGAGUCGAAUGAAGCAGACCUGACGAAGAUCGAUCUCUCAGGCAUUCCAGGAGGGCCAGAGAUCUUCGAGACGGCAGCCAAGUUCUGUUACGGCGUCAACUUCGAAAUCAACGUUAAAAAUGUUGCCGCCCUCCGUUGUGCCGCCGAGUAUCUCGAAAUGACUGAAAAAUACUGCGAAGGUAAUCUCGCCGGACGAACAGACGAUUUCCUCUCUCACGCAGCAUUAAACACCUUCUCAGGCGCCGUUGCCGUCUUGAAAUCAUGCGAGCUUCUCCUUCCCUUCGCAGAAGAACUCAAAAUCGUUCAAAGAUGCGUUGAUGCUGCAAGCUCCAAGGCCUGUAACGAGGCAAACUUCCCGAGUCGUUCUCCGACGAAUUGGUGGGCGGAAGAGCUAACGAUUCUCGAGAUUAACUCUUUCCACAGAAUACUUUCUGCUAUGAAGUCUCGUGGCGCGAAAAUCCUAAACCUCGCGACCGCCUUGAUGACAUACACCGAAAGAUCCCUUCCUGAUCUCGUCCGGAACCAUACCGGCAACGUCACAUCGUCUGAUCCCGACGACAAAGAACUCAGAAAUCGGCAACGUGACCUUCUGGAAUCCAUCGUCGCCCUCUUUCCUCAAGAGACAGCGGCGUUUCCGGUGAACUUCCUCUGCUGCCUACUGCGAUCGGCGAUCUUCUUGAGCACUUCGAUCAGUUGCAAGAACGAAUUGGAGAAACGGAUCUCAGCGAUUAUGGAGCACGUCAGUGUGGACGAUCUCUUGGUUUUGACGUUUAGUUACGACGGAGAGAGAUUGUUUGAUCUGCAGAGCGUUCGCAGGAUCAUAUCGGGUUUCGUUGAGAAGGAGAAGAGCGUGGCGGUGUUCAACGCAGGUGAUCUCAGUGAGAUCUGUUCUCCGGCCAUGCAAAGGGUUGCUAAGACGGUGGAUGCGUAUCUUGGUGAGAUUGCAACUUAUGGAGAACUCAGUAUUUCUAAGUUUAAUGGUAUUUCGAAUUUGGUGCCCAAGGCCGCGAGGAAGGUUGACGAUGAUCUCUAUCGCGCUGUGGAUAUCUACCUGAAGACACACCCAACAUUAGACGAGAUCGAGAGGGAGAAGGUCUGCAGUGUGAUGGACGCUCUGAAGCUCUCCUACGAAGCUCGUGUUCAUGCCUCACAGAACAAGCGCUUACCUGUCCAGACCGUACUUCACGCCCUCUACUAUGAUCAAUUAAAACUGAGAAGUGGCGUCGACAACCGUAACAAGGAAGAUGCCUUAACAACUAGGAACCAGUUACAGGCCGAUGUGUCGCUGCUCAAGGAGAAUGAAGCACUAAAGUCAGAGCUGAUGAAGAUGAAGUUGUUCCUUUCGGACUUGCAAAAGAAUGAAGGGAGUUCAUCCGCCAAGGGAGGAGGAGGAGGAGUACCCAAGAGACCUUCCUUCUUCUCGUCCGUGUCGAAGAAACUUGGGAAGUUGAAUCCGUUCCGGCAUGGUUCGAAGGACACAUUACACGUCGAUGACGGGGUUGAUGUAACAAAGCCUCGGAGGAGAAGGUUUUCCAUCUCAUAAUUAAACUUAUUAGUGAGGGGGAUUUACCAUAUCGAUCAACUUGAAUAUUGUUCUCUUUAUUUACUAUAGAUUUUUAUUAGACUUUAUUGAAGAUAAA